AUGUGGUGGAGAGCGUUGAGUGCUAUUUUUAACACCUUGGCGGGGAUACAGACCUUUGAUCUUGCGCCGCACCGCGAGGCCAAGACAAGACAAGCACACAUCCGGAGCUCCCCACUCGUCAGCACUCACCACCGCUCAGCACCCACACCGCACUCCACGCACACAAACACAUACACAACCCACAAUGCCGCCCAAGCGCGCCCCCGCCCCCGAGAUCAAACCCCCGUCGACUUCUCGCCCUCCCUCGUGCUCGCCGACAGCGCAACCCUCACAGGCACGCACCGCAUCCGCAUCGGCGCCAACACGGUCGUGCACCCGCGGUGCAAGCUCAACAGCACGCUCGGCCCCAUCACCAUCGGGCGCUCGUGCAUCAUCAGCGAGCGCACGCAGCUCGUUGCGCCGGACGCGCAGGGGCUCGCCAUUGGCGAUGGCGUGGUGGUGGAGGUGAAUGCGCUUGUGGAGGCGAGGGAGGUGGGCGAGGGGUCGACGGUCGAGGUGGGCGUGAGGGUGGGGAAGGGGGCGUGGGUGGGGAAGCAUUGUAAGUUGGCGCCGCUGACGAGGGUGGCGGAUGGAGAGGUGCUGGAGGACUAUACGGUGCUGUAUGGCGCGGGAGAGAGGAGGAUCGAUAAGUCGGGGCAGGAGGGCGCGCGGAGGAAGCUGCUGGAGAUGCAUGUGGAGAGCUUGAGGGUGCUGAUCCCGAGUAAUGCGUCAAAGUGGAUGUCUUAG